GUGGCUUCAUCCUCAGCCUCCGCCACACAAUGACAAUGGCUUCGGGAGCAGGUUUCUUUCUUGAGCCAACAGCCCAUGCUCCACCGCGUAACACGGUCUCGACCUCUGUUGGUAGCUCAACAACAUCCGCAUCGCCGCGGGAGCCAUUGCGUCUCUCCCCCUCCCAGCUGACGCGACUUCGCUCCCAUUUGGACGACGCCCUACUCAGCAUCCAGCGUCGCUACGCCAGACGAUUCCAUGAUGCCUCUUCAUCCUCUUCUCACGCCUCAGAUCCCAGCGCCUCCGCUCCACCUCUCAACACGCUGCAACGGUAUUGCUCCGCCUGGACGACAGACAUCCUACCCCUCGUGACGCGUAUAGAUCCUUACGGAGCUGCGCAGACCACCACCGCGCUCGCGUAUGCGAUGGCUGUAACGGAUAGCGUUGGGGUGGGCAUCGCCGGCUACGACCUGCCGACGGAGUCAUCGGAAUCAUCGAUCGCCCUUCAGUCGGCGCUACAAUUGCUCGGCCUCAUCGAUGCCCUCUGGUCCGCUCUCCUCGUUGGACGCUCUCUCUCCCUUCCCCUCGCUCAGCGACGGAUACGCGCCCGCCUCGCUCCCUCCCACACCGCAGCGGAAGGGGAAAACGAGGAAGCUGAGAUGCAGAGACGAACUGAACGUUCCAUGCGCGAUAGUGAUCCCAUCACCGGCUCGCUCGGCACACGCACCACGAGCGCGACGGAUCGGGUGCGGCUGCGUAAUCUGCUGAUCGAUAGGCGUGAGGCCUUGAGCAGGUGGAUGGGGGAGCAGGGUGGUGUAGCUAUGCCAGAGGAGGAAGAUGGAUGGGAGAGGGAGCAGCGUGCGCUGAGGCAGGAAGCAGGGAGAGGGGAGAACAGGAGAAGAGAAGAAGAGAGCAGAAAGGCAGAGGCUGAGUCGCAGCAACUUGACGGCAUACAAGGGGAUCAAGAUGAGAAAGAAGACGAGGACGAUGACGAGGAUGAGGAAGCUGGAUUGGAAGAAGUUGAUGUCCCUCGGCCAAAUGACCAGUACGCCGACGACGGCGAGGAAGACUUCGCAGGCGAUGGGAGCCGAAGUCAUUUUCGAGACCUCUUUGCGCGUAAACUCGACCCUGAUGAGGACGACAGCGAGGACGAGGUAGAGGAAGAGGAAGGGGAAGAGGUCGGUGAAGAGCAGGCAGAACGGAGCGAGACCACACAGGGAGAAGAGGAUGAGGCUGCAGCAAGGGUGAAGCGGCGUCGCCUGGACGAGUCACCAAACGACAACGCCAAUGGCGCCUCACCACCACCUCCCACCGUGAACGCACCACUUCCUCCUCGUACUUCACCGCCGCCUGCUACCUCCUCGACCUCGAGUGGCUUCGCCAUCCCUCGCGACACGCUUUCCCUUCAACGACUCACGACGCACAUCUUCUCCCGCUCGCUAGCCACGCUGGAAAGAUUGGACGCUGCAGCCAGCGCAGCGAAUGAGAGAUAGCCAGUCCUAGAUGCAAAGGCGCUCAAGGGCAAUGGCUCGGCGUCUCUCUCAGGGCACCACGCAUCUGCUUGGGCGACGUGAGCGACAAUGAGCAGGAGUGGCAAAAUUGCGUUGCGAUGCCAAAGACGUCAGCCGAUGACAUUGGGCACCCUCAUUCAUUGGUGGCACUUGAUUCAAGGUGUGGCAUGGCAUAGGCCGGCCAGGAGGUGGGCAGCAAGUAAAGCGGCUGAACUUCGCACUAGAUUGAAGGCCAAUCGACUUUAGAUUGGUGGAGCAAUCAAGCCAGAGGUGGUUCAGUCUGCGCACCCCAUCGUUCGAUGAAACGGCUGAUCAUUUGGCAGGCCCUUACCCCACCGAGGCACAUCAGGGGCACCAGUCGC